AUGGCCGACGACGAACACGGUGGCUCACCGGCCAUCUCCGCUGGCGACGCGGGUGUCGAUGCCGCGCAAAAAGACGGAUCUUUGAGCGAGGCGCGCAGCGGCGACUCGCCGCUGGAAUCGCCCAGUAGCCCUCGCAGUUUCGUAUCAUACACUCGCCCGCAGAUACUCGCACUCUACAACUCGCCUCUCGUGAAGCCUCUGGACCACAUGCCGCCCAUGAGAGACUGGUUCGGAGAGUGGCCCGAACAAAACAACAAAUCUUACGGAGGCGACACUCUCACUCUCAACGCAGUUCCGCGUGACCGACGUUUCCGCCGCGACCAAGAUGACAGCGAACCUACACCCCGGGCAACAUUUCGCUCCGGCGCUCUAUCCCAACCUUCACAGAUGGGCAACUUCAAGCAUCAAUCUACUCGAACUAGCGAUCGAGACCGUGACCGCGACCGCGACCGAGAUCGCGACGGCGACAAGGAGAGAGAACGUGACAUACGCGACCGCGAAGGGCAAGAGCGUCUACGCAGCCUUUCAGACAAGUACGAUCGUGAUCGGCUUGGGUCGUCUACUACAAACGGUCUGCGCGGCAAGGACAGAGAAACUGCGCCGCAUCUUAGCGUCGGCUCGAGCCGAUUAGCUACAGGGACUAGCCUCACGGGCAGGCGUGGAGAAGGACGCGAACGGGGUGAGGGACGUGGCGAGCGUGAGCGUGAGGGCGGCACGAGGAGGAAAGCGGGCGAGUCGAUUGAUGAUUGGCGCCGUGGGCGCGAUGAACGUCCUGAACCCUCACGAAGGGAUAGUUCGCGGCACCGCGACUCGUCUCGUACACGCCGUGAACCUUCAACGUCUCGGAGAGAUCGUAAUCGCGACCGUGACGACCGCGACCGGGACGACUAUCGCCGGAGGGACCGUGGUGACCGUGAUCGCGAAGAGAACGACGAUCCGCGGCGCUGGCGUGAUGAUGGCAAGCGGGACGAACGUCUCGCAGCCCGCCGUGAACGCGACCGGGAGGCACGGGACCGCGGUGACCGCGGAGAAAGAGGCGACCGCGGAGAAAGAGGGACGCGUGAUCGUGAGCGCCGUGAGCGUAAUGGGGACGCCUGGGACACCGACCGUCGGGAUCGUGAUCGUGGAGAGCGCAAUGACCGGUGGACCACCGAGGAGCGUGAGGAUCGAGGCAAACGCUCGAACGGACGUGACAGGCGGGGCGAUGACGACAAAGAGGAACGUAGGGAUCGUGAGAAGGAGAAGGAACCGGCAUGGAUGGACACAUAUAUUCCGCCAUCCGCUAGCGGCACCGGCAUCUUGGGCGGGAAGGCGCCGGAUGGGGGUCUUGACGGUAUCCAAGCUUGGAAGAAAGGCAUGAAGGAGAAGGAGGAGAAGGAAAAGGCAGCAGAGUUGGCUGAGGUAUCUCGUGCGCAGGAGACAAUCAAAUCUAAGGAAGGCACGAAGUCUGCGGCAGGAGGAUUGGAUGAGAUCCAGAUGUUCAAGCAGAUGAUGAAGCGCGAGGAAGAGAAGAAGAAAGAAUCAGGAUCUUCGCCCAACCUUGACUCCCCAGUCGCAGAUGCUGGUCCUCCUCCCGGACUGGGUGGCCCUAAGGGCUCUACCUCUAUCUCGCUUGCGACGCUCAUGGGUAGUGCUGCUGUCGAGCCAUCAUCGGCUACAACAGCCGGGACAGCCCCUCAGCCCCUUACCGCGUCGACUUCGACGGCUUCUGACAUCCCUCCGUCCUCGCAAGAUGCUCUGCGCCCCGCAGGCUCUCGUUUCUUCCCUGCUCCUCCCUCAGCUACUAUACCCUCUGCGAUUGAUCAACCACAGCCGAUCGCCCACGAAUCUGCUCCCGACAAUAACCUGAUGUCUCCUACACAACCGUACAACCCGCCCUCUGGCCCUCGCUUACUGUCAUUGGGUGCCCGCCCCUCGUCAUCCAAUCUCAUGCCAAGUCUGCCCAAGACGCCAUCUGGUCUUGAACCUCCACCCUCGACCUUUGGUCCCACCUUAAGUCAACUCUCCGAAGCGCCUCCACCUGGUGCUGCAUUCUCUCCAGAAAUACAACAACGCUUGGGGCCUUCUGAGCCGAUGCUCGGUCCACAGCGAGUUGCGCCCGCUGGUGUACGCACCCAGAUCAGCUACCCGUCCUACGAGAACCAACUUCGUCCACCCAUCAGCCUAGAGGAUUCAGCGUACCCGAACGAUGCGGCUCGUAAUCACGCCGCGCUCGAGCGCGCCCAAUUUGGGACACCACCAAUGCAGCAGUAUGCGGAUAUGGGUGGACCCAUCGGUCCGCAUGGCCUACCUCUACGUGGACAAAGCCCCGCCUUUGAUAUCCCGGAGCGAAGCCAGGGCGGUUCGCCAUACCAGUCGAAAGGCAGUCGGUUCGCCAAAUUCUUCGAUGGAGGAAAGCCACGCGAGAUGCAACCUCAACCAAUGGGCAAGUCGCCAGGCGGCAUGGACUAUGGUGGUCAGCUCCCAAACUCCAUGCAACGGCUCGAUAUCGGUGGUGGUGAUGGGUACAUUGGGGGCGGCGGCGGUCUCGGCAAUGCUGCGGAGGGUCGCACGAUGGAGGACCUCUUCCAGAUGUUGCAGAACUCCUCUCAGCGCGGUCCCGGUCCCAUGGCGGCUCCGUCUAUGCAUCAUACCGGAGGCGUCCAGUUCAACCAACAACAGCUUCCCAUGCACCUACACCAAGCCGAGCGUAACCCUCCCCGCAAUCUCGACAUGCUAUAUGACAAUCGUUUGGACGAUCGUAACUUCGUUCCUGACGGCAUGGUCCCCGGUCUUCGCUCAGUACCCCCACCGCGCGGCAGAGACAGCGCGCCCAUCUUCCGUGACCAGGACGACAUGGCCUUCAACGUGCAGCCGCGUCUCCCUCAGCAGCGCGGAAUCGACCCAUCAUAUGGUGUUCCUCCGCCUCAGGCGUAUCCUGGUCAGGCGCGGAAUAUGCCUGGGCAGCCGUACCGCAAUGGCGUGUCUCCCGUUCCCGGACAGAAUGCUCUCCUUGCGCAGCAACAGCAACAGCAACAGCAACGUCUGCCUCCUGGCCUCGCAAACCUAGGUGGGCGUCCGCCGCACGAGCCACAGUUUGUCAACCCCAACUUGCAGGGUCUAGGAGUCGACCCUCGCCAGGCUCAGUAUGGUGGCGCUGCAGGUGCCCUUCCGAUAGGUGCGAAUGGUCUUGCCGGAUUCGCUGGUGCGCCGCAGAUGCGUGGGCCGCCGCCACCCCAACAACUGCCCUUGGGACUUGGCCCCAACGCCCUCGGUGGCGCGGGUUUACCGGGAAAGAUUGACAUCCGUGGGUUGAGCCCGGCGCAACAGGCUCAACUUUUGGGACUUGGUGCAGGUGCUGCCCCUGAGGCUCGUCGUCCGUCUGUCGGGAUGGCGCCGCCUCAAGUGAAUCAGAACGCCUUGCAUACUCAGCAGUAUCUGGCCCGUCAACAGGCGCUUCAGCAGCAGCAGCAACAGCAGCAAGGUCUACCUCAACAUAUGCUUCCACGCAUGCUUCCCCCGCAUAUGCAGGGUGGCGGCGCUGGCGGGCCUAUCGGUCAGCCGGCGCAGGAUCUCAUGGCGCUGCUUAUGCACGGCGCGCCGCGCGACUGA